GGCGUGUCGUGUGUCGGGCCUGAGAUGACAGCUGAAGCCCCGAGGGAGAAAAACAACGAGUCAGACCGGCUGAGCAGCCCAGAAUCAGCAUCAGCAUCCAGACACACCAGCUUUCCUCUGCACACAGAGCAGACCGCAGACACGCCAACACGGAUCACUUUACAGGCUCUUUAAUGUGUUUGAAUCAAGAGUUCAGAGGUUGAAAUAAACCCUCGACAGGAACGUCCCACUGAGGAUCAUGUGGACCCUAACUCUGAGACUCUGAAUGGGAGAUGAUCUCGGUGGAUUUACGGCUCGUUGUCAGCUCUGGGGUGAGCUGAAAGAAGGAUCCAGAAUUCAGGAGGAGUCAGGAUUUCUCUGCAGGGGCGCUGCACAGCUCUCUGGAUUACUUAUUUGGAGGGAUUUGAACAUGGUGGACCUGACAUGACCAACAGAUUUUUUUCCCGCCUUUUCUUCCCGAGACAAACUCUCCGGUCAUGACACGGAGUCUGCAGGUGAUGAUGAUGAUGACGGUCCUGCUGGGCUUCACAGACUCAGGUGUUUGGACGCUGCCGGCGCCCGGAGGAGUUACGAUGGACUCUGUUAACAUGAAACACGUCCUGAAGUGGCUCCCCCUGCAGGCUCACUGUGACACUGCAGUCCUGUACUCGGUUCAGUUCCAGGGGGAGUUUGAGCUGACGGUGCUGAACGGCAGCUGGGUGGAUGCUCCCGAGUGCCAGCAGACUCCUCACACUCACUGCGACCUGACGUACGACCUCGGCUCGGACUCGGACUACAACCUCCGCGUCAGAGCGGCUUGCGGGUCCAAGCUUUCCUCCUGGAACAGACUCGACCGUUCUUUCAACCGCAGAGACACCGUUCUGACGGUGCCGGAGAUGGUGCUGACGGGGGAGGGCGGCGCUCUUCAGGUGACGUUUGACAAGCUUCCUCUCACUGCUGUUGUCAAGGUGACGGUGUGGGAGAGAGACGACGAGCUGCAGGCUGAUGUGUACACGAUGGACUCUGAGCAGAAGGUGCUGAACGUCCCCGCCCUGCAGGAGGGUGUGGAGUACUGCGUGAGAGCUCACACAGCCCUGAACACACAGCUCUACAGCAGCGACACACAGUGUGUGUCCAUCACAGGGCCGGACGCUGCGUGGAAGAGGCCGACCACUGUGACGGUGACGGUCAUCAUAAUGGCGGGCCUCCUGUUCGCCGUGUUCUGGUCCGUCGUUCACUGCCGUGCAGACGCCUGUCAAUCAUACUUCCAUAAAGACCCACUGCCCCAAUCACUGAGAUCCGAUUGGGACAUUCAAAUCCCGCUGAGCCCUGAAGAGGCGGAGCUUUGUGAGAAGAUCAAGGUGAUGCCGAGCGUCGACUGUUAGCUCUGAAACUUCACAACGAAUAUGGAGGACCAAAGAACUGAACUUCCAUUUUCUUAUGGAUUCCAGGAGUAUGUUAAUGUUUGGAGAAGGUGCUUUUGAGCCCAGAGCUCCGAGGAGAUUUGGUCUUUUAAACCAGAUGGGACCAAAAAGAAACAGCAUCAGAAUAUCGACGGAUAACCGUGCAAUGAAAAGUUAAAGGGAACUUUCUUGUGUGGCUGAAGGAACCGAUACUAUUUUCACAAAAGAGGUGGGGAAAAAAAGGAAGUCAGGUGAUGUGAUUAUAACAACGGUGAGUCCAUGAAGGGACGAGGCCGAAGAAGUUUUAAAAACCUGACAAACAGUCAGCUAAAAACGAGCUAAAAAGCCAAGUAUGGCUAUCACUGACGCAGAUAGCUACCUGGUACCCAAACUGUUUUUGUACCAGCUCUAUGGGGACAGACUCACUGCAGGAGACAGCCUCUAGUGGACACUGGGGGAACUGCACUGUUUGGUUUCAUUGAUAAGAAUAAUUGAGUAUCAUCUGCAUAACGGUGAACAUUUUGUUAGUGUUUCAUCAUAUUACCUCAAAGAAGCUU